CCCACGCCAGCGCCUCAAGGCCGGUACAUGCUCCUCAUCGUGCACAACAAAGCAUAGGAGGAUAAUAUCGGCAAAAAGAGGAUUGCAUAAUCGUUCGAAGGUCGACCGCUCGAGCUUUUCCUCCUCCACCUUUUCUCAAACCCGAUUAUUUGGUGGCUCAUCAACCCGUUCAGCCUCUUAAACUAAACAUGUACCUUAACGCUCUCAACCUCCACUGACGCUGGAUCUAAGACAUCACACUGAGGAUCGCAAGCCAAACCAGUGACUGGUCAGAGGAGUUGAAGAUGCAUAUCCCAUCGGUCAUUGCUGCUGUCCUUGGGAUACGGCAAGUGGGUAACCUUCUACCAUCCUCCUAUUGCAGUCCAUAUUGUCCGAACUGCAAAGGGGAUGUCGCAGUCUUCGAUGGAUCCAUAACCUCCUGUACACCAAACUCCAGCUUCAUCGCCAAUUGUGGUGCUUGCCAAACAUGUGUCUUGGAUUACAACCUUCAGAACGGCGAGACUUCGGUUUCGAAACAGGUCGAGACCGCUCUAAUCAACAUCCUCAAUCUAUGUGCGAAUACGACUGUAUCAACAGAGAUAGCAGCGAUGCAAAGUCAGGCGAGUAGGAUCAAUGAAUGGGGAGAACAGAUUGCGACGACGACAAGUGGAGGAACCCUUUCCUCAGUGACCACCACGUCGAAACCGACAACUACAAACUGGGAAGCUGCACACAGUGACAAUCCGUCAUGGACAACAAUGCUCUCGACUGCAAGUUGGGCUCCUUACUAUUCGGCAAGAAAAUCUGCGGAAUCCGUAUCAGCGGCAUCAGCAGUUGCGUCUUCCCUCGCAUUAGUAUCAGCAGCUCUCGCAAAUGAGACUGCGAGACAUACAUCCUCUCCAACCCCAUCCCUCACCUCGACGGCCGACGCAUCCGCUCCUCCACUCUCGCAAUCUUGGGUUGCAGGUCCAGUCAUGGGGUCAAUCCUAGGGAUGUCCACAGUAUUUGUCGUGAUCUUCUUCACGAGGAGGAAACAGAGAAGAGAUAUGCUCGCCCAAGACCCAGUUCCGAAACCCUUCCACGACGUUCCUACGAGUCCGUCUACACGAUCUUCGUCUGCGGCUGGAGAGGAUGUUCCUCAAUUACAUGGCGAAAGUGUGGAGAUAAAGGAGUUAGAGAGCACAGAAGUACACGAAUUGCCGGCGCUGGAACCAGUAGGCACUGAACUGAAUACUCCAAUGGAAGCUAGGCCGAGGAUAAGGUUAGCGGGAGAUGGGAUUGGAGAGGAUUUUGCAGAGGGGGAGGAUGAGCAAUGGGCGAUGCAGAGUCCGUUGCCAUUGAGCCCGCUACCGCUUUUGUUUGCGAUGAGCGAGUUGAGAGACCAGAGGAUGGGGAGGAGUGAGAGUUUGAGGCAUGAGACGUAUUAUCACCCUUGAAGGAGGUAUGAGGGAUGAGUGAUGAAUGUUAUGAGACAUGAUUGAUGAUUUAAAUUGAGGGGGGCGAGGAGAGGUGGAG